AUGUCGAGAUCACGCUCCAGUUCCACAACUGAUGGGAAACGACACGGCAGGCAGCUGCAGAAGAGGGCACCACAUGGCGUCCCAGGCCACCUUGCGCUGUUAGCAGCACGCGGUAGCACGGCGCACAUCACAUCACCAGAGGGCGUGCGCGUUGCAGACCGCCUCGGACAUGCGCAUUUCGGACAGCCGCCGCACGGCGCCCAGCCCGUCGCUCUGCGCGCGACUCGUGUGCGCGCCGCUCCCCUCGCGGUGCUGCCUGCUGCUGGGCGCGCUCCAAACCCCCUUCCGCGGAAUUUCCUUCCCCGCAGCGUUCUAAAACGUAAUUCUCUCCCGCGAGAUUUUCGCGGAAAGCGUGCGGAGCGGGAGGAGGCGGAGGGCCUGGAGGAGGACGGGGCAUGGCGGCUGUACCAGCAGUGGCGGGGGGACCUGAUGGGCACGGGCACAGGGGGGGUAACGGGGAGAGCGGGGGAUAGGGAACAGGAAGCGGAUGGGGAACGAAAGAAGGACGCAGAGCAGCAGCAGCAGCAGCAGCAGCAGCAGCAGCAGGGGGGGGAGUGGGAGCGGUGUGGGGGCGUGGGCGAUGCAGCGAGUAUGCGCAGUGCGGCAGGGAUGAUGGCGGACGACGGGCCACGCCACGCCAUGCCCCCGCAAAUGAAACCUGGCAACACGGCAGGCGGUGCAGCUGGGAGUGGUGGGGUGCGAUACCUGAUGGUGGAAGUGAAUGGGGGACUGAACCAGCAACGCACAGCGGUGAGGUUCUUCCUUCCUUGCUCGACCUGUCCAUGUAUUGACUAG